GAACUAGGGUUUUAGCUUUUAGGGGUCGUAAGGGAGAAGAGAGAUGGCGAAAUUCAACGAGGUGCAGAAGAGGAGGAGAGCGGCGAUUGCUGAGCGCAAGAGAGCCAGUCACGGUCACCCUUUCACCGCCAAGCUUAAGCAAAAGCCUCAACCCCUCUCCGUCUCCGGCAAGCGCCAGCGCAAGCUCUUCAAGAAAUGGCGCCGAGAACAGAAAGAGGCUUUGGGGAAGGGUCUAGUUACCAUGGACGAUGUCGAGAUGGCUGUCGCACAGGACACAUCCAAGGAUGCCAAUAAGCAGCCCGCCCAAUUCCACUUAAAGAAGAGUGCGAAGCUUAAAGUCAAGCAAUUGAAGAGGAAAGGUAAGAACAAGCAGAAAUCUCAAAAGCCAGGGAAUGAGGGUCCAGAUGAUGCUAUGUUGGAAUGAAUGAUGAGGAUACACCAGACCAGACAUAUCAGCUCCCUUUGUAGCUAUUAUGGAAAUGACAAAGGUUGUCUUGUCAAUCACUUUGCCCAAGCCAAUUAGGUUAUUUUAGGUUUUAUCUUUUUGGACCUUUUGUUGCAGAUUAUUAUAUUUGCUAUAUAGCAUACGUUUUUUCUUGGUGCUA